AUGACGCCGACUAAUGGUGAUGGUGUCGAGCCGCCACACAUCGUCGUGCUGGAUGGAGGAUUUUCUACGCAGCUGUCUUGCCACGUGGGUCACAUCAUAGAUGGAGACCCGUUGUGGAGUGCCCGCUUUCUUCAUACACAUCCUGACGAGGUGGUGAAUACCCACUUAGACUUUCUUAGAGCGGGAGCUCAUUUAAUAAUAACAAAUACGUAUCAGGCAUCAGUUGACGGUUUUGUGGAACAUCUUGGUGUAACACCGGAACAAGGUUACGAGCUUAUAUUGCGUGCCGUAGAGCUGGCCAAGCGAGCACGCUCUCUUUACUUGGAAGAAUAUGAAGACUGCAUUCAGGGUGAUCACGUCCCGUUGGUCGUGGGAUCAGUGGGCCCGUAUGGAGCGCAUCUUCACGAUGGUUCUGAAUACGAUGGCAGCUACGCCGACACCACCACUGUUCAGACAAUGCGCGAAUGGCAUCUACCGCGGAUCCAAGCUUUAGUGGAUGCGGGGGUAGACUUACUUGCUUUGGAGACAAUACCUUGUCAAGAAGAAGCCGAAAUGUUAUGUGACCUGUUGCGCGAGUUUCCAAAUAUAAAGGCAUGGCUUUCUUUCAGUUGUAAGGAUAAUCAAAGUAUAGCUCACGGUGAAAGCUUCCAAAAAGUGGCCAAAAAGUGUUGGGAAGCGAAUCCAGAUCAAUUAGUGGCGGUGGGAGUGAACUGCUGCGCACCUUCCUACGUAGCAGAUCUACUGAAAGGGAUCAACGACGACCGGCCCCACUCCCCCAUCCCAUUAAUUGUUUAUCCUAACUCAGGCGAAAAAUACAAUCCACAAAUAGGGUGGAUUGAUCGAGACAAGUGUGAAUCAGUGGAGGUGUUCAUUCAGGAGUGGUUAGACUUAGGCGUGCGGUAUGUGGGGGGAUGCUGUCGCACAUACGCGGCAGAUGUCUCACGUAUCCGCAACCAGGUCAAUUGUUGGCGCGACCGCUGGCGCUUCCAAGCCAAAUAUCAAGCUAAUCUCAAUUCUAAUAAUAGUGCCGUCGACUGA